AUGAACAUGUUCCGUGGCCUCAACCCACGGUACUUCUACGCCAUCCCGAUCCUCACGAUGCAGGUCCCCUUCCCAUCGUUUCUGCGCUGCCGCGCGUUCCUGAUCCUGGAGGAAUCGCGCCUGAACAUGGCGUCGCCCGCGCCAACUGACAUGGCUCUGCAUGCUGGCCGUGCACCCGCUGCUGCUGCACCGGCGCCGCCACCGGCGCCCCCAACCAACUCCACUCGCAACGGCAAACGGAACCGGAACAAGGGCAAGGGCAAGGCGGUCCAGCCGCCCGGCGACGCCGGCGGCUCAUCCAGUGGCUCCUCGUCAACUGGCGGCCUGCCAGCAGGGCGCCUCGUCCAGCUUCCUGCACCCGCCACGAACCCAUCGACGGGCAUGGUUCACGCCUGGCCCAUGCCGUGGCGUGCUCACGCUCCAGGAGCUGGCGUCCUCGGCCCGCGCCCCGGCGCUCCAUCACCGUUCGCCGGACACGCCGCCCACUACGCGUCGCCGCCACCGCCCCCGGCUGCACCCACCUACCAAGGUGCGGCCUGGGACCAAUCAGCGCUGGUUCAGGCCCUCAGCAACCUGUCGCUCCAACAGCAGCAGGCGCCGCCGCCGCCAUCGAGUGAGUGGUACCUCAACACCGGCGCCACGUCGCACAUGUCGUCCUCGUCAGGUAUGCUCUCCGAUCUCAGUCCCUCUUCUUCCCGUAUAGUUUUUGGCAACGGCAACACGCUGCCAGCCCUGCACUCCGGCCACCUCGCAAUACCAACAUCUACCACACCCAUCCACUUACACAACGUUCUUGUCUCUCCCUCACUAAUCAAAAACCUCAUAUCUGUUAAAACUCUCUGUCGUGAUAAUCCUGUUAAUGUCGAGUUUGAUGAUUUCGGUUUUUCUGUCAAGGACCGACGAACCCGGAGGGUGAUCCUCCAAUGUAACUCCACCGGCGACCUGUACCGCGUCAGCGUGCCCCCGCUCCACUGCAGCCUCCACGCCCACGCCUCCAUCUCUGCCGAU